AUGAAGGACCCAUCCUCCGGCCCCGCCGCCAAGAAGACGCGCAGCGGCGCCGCCAGAGACGAAGCCAAGCGCGUGGCGGGCGGGUCCAACGCUCUUCAGAACCUGGUGCUGCUGGUCGCCAAGCUGGUCUUCACCGACAGUGGGGCGCUGGCGGACCUGAGCAGCACAGUGCACCGCGCGUGCGACGUGGCCGUGGACUGCGGUUUCGCGGUGCAGAACGAGAUGCCUGGUCAGGACUACAACGGCCAGUCGCAGCUCCUGAAGCAGCGCCAAAAGGACGGCGAGGCGGUCGACUUCGCAGCCAGGGGCCCGCCUUUCGUGGCGAUCUUCAUGCAGGUGUUCCACUGGGCCGCGACGAUGAUGUGGACCGAGAAGUUGGCGAAGAUAUCGGUUCAGGAGGUGGGUUCACUGGUGCUCCACUGGCACUGGAAGAGGAGCAAGGCGAAGCAGGAGGGCUGCGCGAGGGGCAGAUUGAUCUACGCGAUCGACUACACACACGAGAUGGGGCCGGCGCUCAUCGCCCUGGUGGAAGAGAUGCUGAGGCGUUUCGGCGCCGCCCGCCGCAUCGGCCCAGCCCCGCGGGGCCCGCUGGGGCGGGGCGCAGCGAAGCUGCCGGCGGAGCUCAGCGGCCAGUAG